GGCACAUGAUGUGAUUUAUGUUCAGCAACUCCCUUUAAAAAUGUCUGCUUCGCUAGGGUUUUGUAUAAUUUUUCCCACUAACUCUGACCAUAUUUUCUCAUCGUCACAACGACAAAAAAUGUGCAGAAUCUUGAGUUAUUUGGAGCUUCUGUUUUACUGCAGUGAGGAGUAUAUAUCCUCUAAAUUACUUGGAAAUUAGGUGAAGGGAGAGGAAUUAACUUUCAACUCAUUUAAUCUAAAGCCGACCAAAUAUUGCUGUAUAGAAUGGCAAAUUUGCUUUACAAUAAGGAGGGCCCGUGGGGUGGUGAGUCUGAAUGUGUGUGGACAGAUGGUACAUAUUCUGAUAUCAAAAGUAUCACUGUAACUUAUGGAGAUAUUCUCUAUGGCAUUCAAGUUGACUAUCUUCUCAAGAGUAAAAGCAAAGUUCACCAGAUCACAGCACCUCGCCAUGGAGGCAAGGGAAGCAAGGAGCAUACGAUUUCCUUGGCAAACAAAUACCUGAAAGGAAUUGAAGGAAAAAUUUCAGUGAUGGAUAAUCAUAGGAUAAUUAGGUCUUUGACAUUCAUUACCAGUGAUAACAAAAGACAUGGUCCAUAUGGGUCUGAAUUGGGAUCACAAUCUUUUAAAUCAAGUGGUGAUAAGAUGAUUGUUGGCUUCUAUGGACGUGCUGGCACGCAUCUGAAUAACCUCGGCAUUUAUACACUUGAUAGCUAAUCAUCUUUUUUAGUGCUUCUAGUUUGAUUAUGAAAACUUUUUUUUUUGUUAUGAAGGUAGUGUUAUUUGACCACAUGGACUUGUGCUAGUGAAACAAGUUAUGUCAACACUUUUAUCAUGAAAUCAGGAUUAUGUUAAUAUAUUAUAUGAUUUUGAUA